GCACCAUAUUAUUUACAGCUCGCCGGCAUUUCUGCACUUCCUCGGCUUCAGAGCUGUUCUCUCCGCAAAAUGAGCGACCCUGUUUUGAACCUGGCCGCUCCACCUUCGCUAGGGUGGAUCGACCUCGGGAUGUUUGCCCUCAUGCUGGCCAUGUCGGCGUUCAUCGGCGUUUAUUUCGGCCUCUCGAAAAAACAGGACACGGCCAAGGAAUAUCUGAUGGGCGGCAAAAGCAUGGGAAUGCUGCCUGUGUCGAUUUCCCUCAUAGCAAGUUUCGUGUCUGGAAUCACACUUUUGGGCGUCCCGGCUGAGAUGUAUCAGCACGGGACCCAAUACAGUGCGGCCGCGAUCUCGUUUGUGCUCAUCGGCUGGACAACCGCCACGAUUUUCCUGCCCAUCUACUCCAAAUUGGGAAUCAGUUCUUCUUACGAGUACCUGGAGCUGCGUUUCAACAAAAAGGUGCGUCGGUUGUGUUCCGUGAUGUACGCCAUCGCGCUCAUGUUUUACAUCCCGGUGGUAAUCUACGUGCCAGCGCUCGCUUUCAGUCAGGUGACAGGUAUCAAUGUACACGUGGUCACGCCAAUUACCUGCCUCGUCUGCAUUUUUUACACCACUCUGGGCGGACUGCGAGCAGUGGUGUGGACGGACGCCUUGCAGACUCUCAUAAUGAUGGCCGCAAUUAUUUUCGUGAUGACGCUGGGAGCUGAAAAACUCGGCGGAUGGGGCCGUGUGUGGCAAAUCAAUGAGGCCGGCGACAGAUUGCGCUUUUUCAAUAUGGACCCAGACCCGUUCCGACGGCAGUCUUUCUGGAGCGUGGUGGUCGGCGUGUAUUUUAUGUUUCUUGCGGACUGCGCCACAGGGCAGUCGUUCGUUCAGCGUUACCUUUCGGUGCCAGACCUCAAGACGGCCACCAAGACGGUGGUGAUUUUCGCGAUUGGCUUGGUCGGCACUUUGCUCCUGAGCGUGGCGAACGGACUUCUGGUUUACGCCUCUUAUGCGGACUGCGACCCCAUUAUUUCUCAGAGAGCCAGCAAACCGGAUCAGCUACUUCCUUUGUUUGUGAUGGAUGUUGCAGGCCAUAUUCCCGGAUUCACGGGCUUGUUUAUAGCCGGUGUUUUCAGUGCCGCAUUAAGCUCCAUGUCUACUGGACUGAACUCUCUUGCCGGAGUGCUUGUGCAAGAUUUGUUUGCUGGGUAUUUGUCUCCAAGGAUAAGCACCGGGACGUGGCUCAAAACCAUGGCCGCUCUUCUGGGAUUUAUUUCCGUCGGACUCGUUUACGUAGUUGAAAACCUUGGUGGAGUCUUGCAAAGCAUUUUGAGUUUAAAUGGCGUCACUUCUGGCCCGAUGCUGGGACUUUUUGUGCUCGGAAUGUUUUUCCCUUCAGCGAAUAGCAAAGGUGCUUUGGCCGGCUCGCUAAUUUCCUUGUUCGCUGUUGGAUUCGUGGUGUUUGGUGCGCAGUUUGCUCAGCACACCGGCGCCCUGGUGCACAAAGCGCUGCCUGUGUCCGUCGAGAAUUGCACUUACGCUGCUGGAAACUUCUCUCUCGGCCAACAACAUCAUCGUGACGACAUAUUUGAAGAGGAUAAUGAUGAUGUAUGGCCCAUUCUGAAACUGUCUUUCACCUACUACACUCUAUUGGGCCUGGUGAUUGUUCUGGUCGUGGGCAAUCUGGUCAGCAUCUUGUGCAAGGAGGCGGACUCGAAAAGCAAGCCCAUAAAUCGCGACCUAUUUUGCCCGUUGGUGCACCGCUUUCUGCCUCCAGACAGUGAGCAGGAGGCGUCGCCCGCCGAAAAAGAGGAACUGAUGCCCACUUUGCAGAGAUAAAACAACCGCUGCAUCUUACUCUGUAACAUUCUCGCCUUGAAUAAAAAAAGAAAGAAAUUCAGUUCGAAACUUUUGCUAAAAGCGUCUCUUCUUUUACAUUUGCUGACACAAAUUAAUGCCCAGCUUUGGCGCAAUACUGCAGAUAAUUUAAUGGUAUGCAACACGCGCGGCGCAGCUGUUGUGCACGUUGCAUAAGCUCUGAUGGUUGCAUAGAUACAC